UAUCGUAAACCUGAUAUAAAUUUCAUAGUUGCAACAUUUGUCGAACAGAUUUUUAUUAAUUCGCAUCUCGUUUAAGUCUUGCUCGUCUCCCAAAAAAUGUCUUCGGAAGGCGCUAAAUUUCCGUAUGUGGGCGAAAGCGUCCAACGUUUUCCGCCAAAUGCAGACGACGGGCCAGUAGCAACAGCUUCAAAAGCUACUCAGACUAAGAAAGUAGAUCUUCUGGAUGCCACGCAAAACAAAGAGAACACAGCAACCCCACCAGCCAGUCACAAGAAGCUGCUGAAGCUCUGCGCCCUCUCCGAUGUGGUCAUCACCUCCUUUUCCCCCCGCGAAACAGGUGUCAAGACGGAGAAGUCCUUCACAUGUGUCCGCAAACCCAGCACGCCGACAAUCUCCACGAGCAAGAGCGUGCUAUCAGAGCUGAAUGGGGAUCUGAACAGCUGCAGUCGGGAUCUGCUCGACUUCAGCACACCAUCUACAUCGAAGAAGGUCCGGCGGGAGACCUCCACCUCCAUGUAUCUCAUUGACCUGACACCACAAAAGCUGCGUCCCACGCUCAAGCUGACGCCCAUCAGUGUGUCCGGCAGCGCCGAUGAAUCGUCAGAUGCCUCGCCGCUCGUCAAACCGAACCGUACCAAAUCGGAUACGCCGCCAUCUUCAGCUCCGUCGCACCAAGUGGCCAAGCGGACGCCACAAUCCCUGAUGAAACAGGCUCUGCUCACGAGUCCCGAAAAGCAGAUUGCUGCCAAUAGCGUGGAGGCAACAACACCUGUGGCCACGCCCAAGCGUCCAUCUCUGUUGAUGGCGCGUCGUAAGUUCCUUAAGCCAGUUCGUCUGCCCUUCCAUCCACAGAAACGGACCCCUGCCCAAGUAGCCGCCGAUAAUGAGAAAGCCAAGAGCAAGUGCCCAUCUCUGUUCUUUCUCAGUCCCCGGAAGUUCAAAGCCUUCCAGAUGAGAAAGCAGAUGGCUAAGGAUCGACGCUCCCUCAGCAACUCUACCGGGGACGGUUCCCCCAAGCCAGGGUCAGAAACGCAAGGGGAUCUUUCUUUAGUUGAGGAGCUUGUAGAGGUAGUGAAGGAACUGCCUCAAUCAUCACCAAAGAAAGAAGAGGUAUCACCAGAGAGUCAAUCAGACUCUUCUCAGCAACCUGUUCCCAAUGCUCCCAUUUCCACCGUUGAGGAAAGCACAUCCUUAUGCACCGAGAUUAUUCAAUCGAUUCAAUCUGGAUCGCGACGCAACCGCAAUCCGGCGACCAGUGUCAAGACAGCAGCCAAUACGUCCGAGGCGGAGGCGUCUCCCACAACGCCAGCCACAGCCACCCCGACCACCCCGGAGAUACCCACGGUGACUCUGCCGGACCCCACAACUUCGCAGAGGCGUGAGGGACGCAAUCUGCCGCGGAAGAGCUACACAGAAGCCCCCGACGAUGACAAGCCGACCCCGUCCCGCAGCUGGCGCCAGAGGAAUCCGACAGGUCGCAAGGGCAAGGCCGGCGCUGAGGAGCCGCACGAGGAAGAGCCUCCAGUGAAGAAGGCGGUCACAGAAGUUGCAGAGGAUGCACCAGCCGUGGCAACGACCGCCGCUGUUAAAGGACGUGGCACCCGUCGCAAGGCCGAGGAUGUGGCCGAAGCAGAGUCUGCAGAGAUGGAGGAGGCGGAGCCCAAGGCAGCGGCCAGGAAGAAUGCGCGUGGCAACGCACGCAAAGCCAAAGUUGGGACUGAGCCAGACCCAGAGGCUCAGCCGGUCGCUAAGAAAGCACGUGGCGGAGCCCGUGCCAAGACCCCAUUGGCGAAGAUUUCCGACGGGAAGCAGCCGGAGCCUACAAAGGAGCCGGUGGGAGCUGUGACCGCCAAGAAACCAGCAGGCCGUGGACGCGGACGAGCUGCCAAGGCAGCCCCAAUUGUCGAACCAGAGGCAGAGCAGCCAGCUCCGUCAACGGAAGCCGCUGCCCCAUCAGCCCCGAAGGCACGUAAGAAGGUUCACUUGGCGGAUACUCCGGACGUGGCAGAAUCUGCUCCCAGCAGCGAUAAGGCACCCAAGAGAGCCCCAUGUUCCCGCCGCAAAUGAGGAAA